AUGGAAGGUACCGAGAUCCCACGCAUUCCCGACUUCAAGCUCUCCGAACAGGUGUUCGUGUUGGCGAACCCCAAUGCCAUCGCCGAUGCCAACCGUCCACAGAAGCAGCAGCAAAUAGCUGCGAGCGUAUUAGCCGCCGUCACGGAGAACAACUUGGGCCCGUACUACAAACACAUUUCAGAGGAAUUACCGGCGUUUUUCCCGUUCGACGCACAGUUGCACGCGCAAUUGAAUGCCGCAAACGAAGAGCAGAUUGCCGAGUUGAAGCAGACGCUCAAAGAGGUGGAGGACGAAGACAAAGGUGAGAUGGAGACGUUGAACGGGUGGAUCAAGCUCGGGAACUACUACGCCGAGAUCGGAGACAAGGCCAAUGCCGUUGCCACGUUGAAGAAGGCGCAGGAGUUGGCGCCCAGCACUGGGAUCAAGAUUGACAUCUUGUUGACCAUCACGCGGGUCGGCUUCUUUUUCAACGACUAUCCGUUUGUGCUCUCGCACUUGAACGAGAUCAAGCUGCUCAGUGAGAAGGGUGGCGACUGGGAGCGCCGCAACCGCUACAAGACGUACUUGGGGCUCUACCACCUCGCCACCAGAAACUUUGGUGAGGCCACGAGCUUGUUGAUUGAUUCCUUGGCAACCUUUACAUCCAGCGAAUUGAUUGACUACGACCAAUUGGCGCAGUUUGCAAUCAUCGCGGGUCUCUUGUCCUUGGACAGGCCGGAGUUGAAGAAAAAGAUUAUUGACUCGCCGGAGAUCUUGGCCAUCUACUCGUCCGCCCUGCACUUGGAACCAUUGAUCAGCUUGACAAACGCGCUCUACAUCUCCGAGUACCCCGUAUUUUUCCGUUUGUUGAUGGACACGAAUGAUACCUUAGUCUUGCCGUCAAAGUACUUGUUCCACCAUUCGAACUUCCUUUUGAGAGAGAUCAGGGUUAAGGCCUACUCCCAGUUAUUGGAGAGCUACAAGUCAUUAUCGUUAAACUCGAUGGCGCAACAGUUCAGCGUGUCUGUCGCCUUCUUGGACGAGGACUUGUGCAAAUUCAUUCCGAACAAGAAGUUGAACUGCGUAAUUGAUAAAGUCAACGGCAUCGUCAUCACCAAUAGACCGGACAACAAGAACAACCAGUACCAGGCGUUGAUCAAGAACGGUGACCAAUUGUUGACCAAGUUGCAAAAGUACGGCGCGGCCGUCAAGUUGAGCGGUGCCGAGAGGAUUUAG